AUGAAAGCGCUCUCUUACAAUAUCAGAGGGCUUGGGAGUAAAAUUAAGAAGAGAGAGAUUCGGGAAAUCAUUCAGAAGCAGGAGAUCGAUGUGGUGUUUUUACAAGAAACAAAGAUGGGGCAACUAAGCGAACCAGAUCUUAAAUCCAUCUGGGGAACAGAGGCAGUGGAGUUUGCAAAUCGUCAAGCAGAAGGGAGAUCGGGAGGAAUUCUAACACUAUGGAACCCAGCGAAAUUCUCUUGCUCCAGUCAGUGGAAUGGUGAGGGAGCUCUUUUUGUGAAUGGAAUUUGGCUUUCAGGUAAUUUUCCCUGUGUUUUGAUAAAUGUGUAUGCUUCUCAAAUGCUGAAAGAUCGAGAAGAACUUUGGGAUAGAAUUGGUUUGGUGGUGAAACAGAAUAGAGAUAGUUGUGUGUGCGUUGCCGGGGAUUUCAAUUCAGUGAGAACUGAAUCGGAUAGGGUGGGAAGAGGGACACAAUUCUCAAGUAGAGAUAUUCAGGUUUUCGAUAAUUUUAUUAGAGGCAAUGAACUGGAGGAGAUUAGAUUGCAAGGUAGAAAAUUCACAUGGUAUCAGCCGCAGGGGCUUUGCAAGACAAAAUUGGACAGAUUUAUGGUGAAUGAUAAGUGGGUGUCGAUAUGGCCAAAUUCAAAAGCAAGAGGUUUGCCUAGAUCAGUUUUGGACCAUUGUCCGAUUUUAAUGGAAACAAAAGUUGUGGAUUGGGGCCCAAAACCUUUCCGGUUCAUAAAUGCAUGGAUGAACCACCCAAAUUUCGACAAGAUUGUUGAAGAUUCAUGGCAAAAGAGCGGUAUCUCGGGAUGGAGUUGUUUUGUCUUCAAAGAAAAAUUAAAAAGAUUAAAGGAAGAUCUCAAAAGAUGGAAUUCUUAA